AUGUCAGGCAUCGGACCAACAUCGCCUGAUGAAGGAUCUACCUCCUCAGAUUUCCUGGCCAGCUCCAGAUCAGCUCUAAAUAUAGGGUCAGGGGCUCCCGCUGGCAACCGAAGAACACGCCAGUCAUCAGGUUCAACUCCAAGACCGCCCGUGAAUUUCCCGUCAACCUCAUCACAAGGAUCCCAGAGAAGGGCAGGAGGUAGAACCUCGUCUGCUCACCCCCCUUCAAUUUUACCACCAGAGAAGGUCUUCCCCAUCCAGAUAGGCUCUGAUCUCUUUAGGCUUUCAGGAGCUUCUAUUUCGUCUGAUGCGCCCUCCUAUUUCACCCAGUUCUUUGAGGAGCAGAUCAGACAAAAUGAGGAAUCAGGAGGCGUGAGGACUCUUUACAUUGAUCGUGACCCUGCAACUUUCAGAGACGUGGCACGACAUUUACAAGGUUACUAUGUCAAGCCGGUCGAUGGAAGCCACUUCGUGAAGCUUUUUGCAGAUGCGCAGUUCUAUAGCUUGCCGCGACUGAUAGACCAAUUGUUCGAAUCCGAGAUUUUCAUACAAAUUGGCGAACGACACUUUCAAAUACCGAAAGACAUUUUUUCAGAGCCCGGCAAUUCGCCAAACUUUUUCUCCUUGGGCUUUGCUGUAUUCUUCUCCACACCAGGAGAAGUAUUCCCUGGUCUAGACCGUAGGGGCUUACUGCGACCGCCGUCAAUUACUCCCCCUUAUGUGCCCGGUCGAUCUGCAGAAAUCUUCGCUCAACUCCUACAUCUUCUGCGAGGGUAUCCUCUGUCCAUUACAAACGAAUCACACCGCGCUGAGCUACUACGAGAUUGUCGCUAUUUCCACCUUCGAGGUCUGGAGCAGAAGAUCAUUGCCCACGAGAUCAGCUACAAUCUGGAGCGGCAGAAGCAAGAGAUAUGCCUACGCCUCGAAGACGUCAAACCGUCAGGUGUCUCGUUCACCAGUGAUGAGCAGGGGGAAAGCGGGAAGCCUACUCCAGGGGGUUGGGUCUACUAUGCCAGGCCGUUCGUAGAUGACACCUCGUACGAAAUGGUGGUGGAGGUUGGUAGUGAGUCCACGGUUCUGGACUUGACGGAUAUGAGAGCAGAUUUCCACAAUCUGGCAAAAGCUAGGAUUUCAUCUCUCUUCCAGGUGGUUGCUAACAAGAUGAAUCUACCGACGAACGCACCCCUGGGUCUGAUGAUGCUUUCAGGUGGCAGAUCUUCUCAGUCAGCUAGCCCCGGGCAUACACCACUCAGCGAAGAUCGUGUCAAAGUGCGGUUUGAGCCCGCGAGCGAUAUUACUCUGGACGGCGAAGCCUACGAGGUUGACUGGGACGGCCCCUUGGGACAAGCCUUUGCAAAGGGGCCCAACACGGCAGCAAGCGACUCAGAAUCCGAUUCUGACGCAAUGAGGCAACCUCCUACGGGAGGAUCACGAGGUAAUCUACCUGUCCCACCUAUCCAGACGAGUCGCAUCGCCUCGACCGUGCCAUCAAAGAAGAAGCGAAAACGCCAGAGUAGUCAGGGGGACUUGGGUGAGUGGAUAAUUCGCACAGGCCAGUGGCGACUACGUGUGCAACCCAAUACUCAGGACUCAAUACGAGGGGGCUACGAGAUCAUCUUCGUGGGUGUCAAGAUCGAUGCGUAUUCCAGCGAAAGAGCGCGCAACGCAAGAAGAGGGUUUCUCAAUUGA